UCCAUGGCCAUCGGUUGCUCGCUCGGGUUGCCAGUAGUCGCCAGUCUAGCGAAUAUGGCUGAGAACAAUGACAAUGGUUAUUGAGCUAACUUUGCGUUCUGCUUGCACUUGUCAACAAAGAGAUUAUCUUUGACUCGGGAUUAACUGCGGCACUCGGCAUAGCACACACGUGGACAAAAUAUUAUGGCAACUGCUAUUCAAGAGAAUGGCAUGAAACCGUUAACCAAUAAAUCGUUGAAUCAUGUAGAAAAUGUUAACAACUUGGACAAUGCUAACGCAUGUCCAGGAGAGAAACAUGAUAGAUUAUUUGAUGGACAACUUCAGCCUUACAUGAAUCAUGCUGAAGAGCCUGAAAUUGAAGACGGCCCAGAACUCGACAUUGUUAUUAACAAUGUAGUCUGCAGCUUUAGUGUAAGGUGUCACUUAAAUUUACGAGAAAUAGCACUUCAUGGAUCCAAUGUUGAAUAUAAAAGAGAAAAUGGGAUGAUAACAAUGAAAUUAAGGAGACCAUAUACUACAGCAUCUAUAUGGUCAUCCGGCAAAGUAACUUGUACUGGUGCAACCAGUGAAAUUCAAGCAAAGGUUGCAGCACGCAGAUUUGCUCGCUCUCUUCAAAAACUUGGAUUUAAAGUGAGAUUCAAUAAUUAUAGGGUGGUUAAUGUACUAGGCACUUGUAGUAUGCCAUUUGACAUCAAGAUCACAUCAUUUUCCUUAUUUCACAAAGAAAAUGCAGAUUACGAACCAGAAUUACAUCCUGGUGUUACGUACAAGUUAAAAAAUCCAAAAGCUACUCUAAAGAUAUUUUCCACAGGAAGUGUGACUGUAACAGCUCCCAGUGUUGCUGCAGUCCAAGCGGCAAUAGAACAUAUUUAUCCACUAGUCUACGAGUUCCGCAAGGAACGAAUACCAGGGGACGAAGUUGCGUUAGCAACAGACAAACGCAAGCUAGACUCGAGCAAAAGAAAUCGGGAUGAGUUCCUAGAAGACGAGCCGGAUCACUCAUUUGAAAGUAUGAUCUCCGACGCAGAUGUUGUAUUUGAUGGAGCGGAGAGUGACGGCAGUUGGAACUGAUCUGUUUUAUUUUAUCACUUUACUGUUAACUGUGAAACUGUUGUCUAUAUCUCGUUUUUUCGAUAAUAGAUACGUACUGCUCUAUGUACAAAAGUGUUAUUGCUAAAAGUGAAGUGAAGCGCGUAAAAUCGUUUUCCUAGUGCAAGGACAAAGUGUGCGAGCGUAGGGACAAAAAAAUAGAUGCGUAUAUGCACUUAAGCGUAUGGAUAUACACAGAAACAUAAUUAUCAAGUGUAAUACACAUCAAACGAACUGAUCAUCAUUCAAAUGAUGUCCUGAAUAGUUACUUCUAUUAGCAAUAUAAAGUUAUAAAUAUAAAUAUAAAU